GUCAGAGCUACCGUGUGGAGAAAAGGAGUCCUACAUUUAUGUACGAGCCUCCAAGCAAGGUUGAUUUUUCAAAUUCUACUGGCACAGUGAUACCAUGUUCUGUUAGAGGAACACCUACCCCUUUGGUGAGGUGGGAGACUAGAGAUAGCAUCCCAGUUAGAGAUAUUCCAGAGAUACGUCGUGUACGACCUGAUGGGUCACUGGUGUUCUCUCCAUUUGGAGCGGAUGAAUACAAACAAGAAAUUCAUGCGACAGUAUAUCGUUGUGUUGCAACUAAUACAGUUGGUAGUAUUACCAGCAGAGACAUCUAUGUUAGAGGAAUUGUUAAUCAGCAUUACUCGAUCGACGUGCAUGACAUAUUUACAACCGUUGGAAACACAGCGGUCUUACAUUGUCAUAUUCCUAACCACAUGAAAGAUUUCGUCACCGUGACGUCAUGGACUGAGAAGCCAACCGGAACCGUUAUUCAGCCUUCAAGUGUGAUGAGCCCUAGUGGACGCUACAUCAUGUUUCCAACUGGUGAGCUGCACAUUAGAAGCGUGGAUAUGAGUUAUUCUUACCGAAAAUAUUCUUGUCAAGCAAGAAACCGACUUAUUGGAGAGGUAAUAACUAGCGCCACCUUGGGACGACUUACUGUUAGAGAGCCACAUCACGAAACUCCGCCUAAGAUAGACAGCACCAAGUCUCGCUUAACAGCAAAACAAGGAGAGAUUGUAGCACUGCCAUGUGUUGCUCGGGGUUACCCUAUCCCUAUUUACUACUGGUUAAAAGAAGAAGUAGGUGGAGCUUAUCAUGUGUCAGUUGGUCAGCGAAUUACUCAAUUAGACGGCUCAUUAGUUAUACAUCGGCUGAAUAAAGAGGACUCUGGAACAUAUAUUUGCAUAGCCAAUAACACUUUGGGUGAGGACCGAAUCAGUAUGGAGUUGCGUGUAUACGCCCCUCUAAGUGCAGAAAUCAUUCCCGUACGUCAACUAAUACGUCUUGGAGGAUCUGCGGGUAUAAACUGCACAUUGCGAGGAUACCCUAUCCAUUCAGUUACCUGGCAGAAGGAUAGUUCUGUAAUACCGGUCUCUAAUAAACGAAUCAGGGUAAAUUGGGACCACCUGCAGAUAUACAGCGUUGUACGAGAGGACGCAGGGGUUUAUCAGUGUUUUAUUUACAACAACAUGGAGUCAGCUCAAGCAGCAACUGAGCUGACUUUAGGAGAUGAAACACCUGAAUUUCAGGACACUUUCCACGAAAUGACACUUCAGCCAGGACAUCUUGUGUCUCUCAAAUGUGUGGCUAGUGGAAGUCCUCUGCCAGAAAUAGCCUGGCAGCUAGAUGGUGCUCUUCUUCCUGAAAGUCAUCGAAUUCGCCUGGGAGAUUAUGUUACACCAGGUGGCGUUGUAGUGAGUUACGUAAACAUUUCAAGCUCUCGAAUCGAGGACGGUGGUGAGUACGAAUGUAAAGCAAACAAUGGCGUCGGUUCUAUAAGUCAUUCUGCAAGAGUCAACAUUUUUGGUCCCCCAGUGGUAAGACGAAUGAGAAAUAUAACGGUGGUUGCAGGAGAAGUCCUCAUUAUAAGAUGUCCAGUGGGGGGUUACCCCUUAGAAACUAUUCAUUGGGAAAGAGCCGGAGUUCGGCUCCCUUACAACCACCGCCAAAAAGUCCACAAGAACGGAACUUUAGAAGUACAUCAUGUGGAAAGGGCGACAGAUGAAGGUCCUUACACAUGUGUGGCGAAGAACAAAGAAGGUCAGAGUGAUGACAAAACGGCCUUUGUGAAAAUUCGGGUGAAACCUGUCAUUGAACCUUUCACCUUUCCGAGGACUUUAAAGGAGCUUCAACGUGCAUCUGCAGUAUGCACCGUUAGCAGUGGAGACUUGCCUAUCAGGAUUCGCUGGUUUAAAAACGAACAACCAAUCACGCAUGACAACGGGAUACUUAUUAACGAGGUGGUGGAUUACUCCUCACAUUUGCUUUUUGAGUCAGUUCGUCUCAAGCACCGUGGCAACUAUACGUGCAUCGCUAGUAAUGAUGCUGGCACUGUCAGUCACACUGCUACAAUGGUAAUUCAUGUUCCACCUCGAUGGAUUAUAGAACCUUUUGACAUGUCCGUCAUCAAAGGACGAGGAAUUGUAGUCAACUGUCAGGCAGAAGGGUUUCCGGAACCACGAAUACGUUGGGCUAAAUCUGCUG